AUGGUCCGAGGACAUGGUGAGCCAGACCAAAUCGAAGCUGCCUGCAUCACCCACCUGCAAAGCAAGCAGGCGGCAGCCAUCUCUGGCAUCCCAGUUAUCAGUGUGCUUGUGCACAAGUUAUCCCAUCCCCAACGUCGUAGAAGACGCCGCCUGAACCGAGGGUCACCUCCCGCGGCUCACAGCGUCGCCUCAGCAGCUGCACGCAGGUCGCACGCCCGCGAGGCAGAACUGAGGCCGCCCGGAUCUCGCGAGAGCGGCGUCCUCGCGGGAGUCGUCAGUCUCGCUGCCGGCCGACGGGCCGUGCCGGGCCCCGGGCCCCUGGCGGCGGCAGUGGCCGGCGUGGCCCUGGUAGGAGCAGCAGCGACCUGGCACCAAGGCCGCGUAAACGUCGCGGCGCGCGAGGGCAGCCUCACAGUCUUCGCACAGAAAAAUGUUGACCAUGGAAUGAUAGGGAAACUGUCUCUUCGUAAAUGGCGCUUUAUGCAGUUUUCUUCACUGGAACAUGAAGGAGAAUAUUAUAUGACACCACGAGACUUCCUCUUCGCAGUCAUGUUUGAGCAAAUGGAACGUAAAACUUUAGUCAAGAAGUUGACAAAAAAGGAUAUCGAGGAUGCACUGGCAGGAAUCCGGAGAGCUGGUUGUGGAUCAACCUUUUUUAGAGACCUUGGUGAUAAAGGGCUAAUUUCAUAUACUGAGUAUAUUUUCUUGCUUACAAUCCUCACAAAACCCCAUUCUGGAUUUCAUGUUGCUUUUAAAAUGCUGGAUGCGGAUGGUAAUGAAAUGAUUGAAAAAAAGGAAUUUUUUAAG